AUGAAUCAAGGUGCCAAGUACGGACGAGCAAACCAAACUAUAAAACGUGAGACAAAUCCUGACCAUUUUUUUUUCCUCAUCAACUCAACUACCAUGAAAUCUGCUCAUAUUGCCUUCUUAGCUAUGCUCAUCAUUGGCACCAAUGCUAGAUUCUUAUUGAGUUGGAACGGAGAUUCUCGCAAAGACAUUUUGGAUAGAAUAAAAGAGAACAAAAAUAAACGAGAACUUCAAAACAUGGGUGGUUUUGAGAAAGAGUUGGAUGAAGUUUCUUUUUUGGCUGAGCUUGCUGAAUAUAUUGCAUCAUCCGGCUUAGAUCAAGGCGGUUUCAUUUCACGCGAGAGUAAUGAUUACUCUGAGACCGACAAUUCCAAUUUUGAAACUGAAACUGAAAUGGGAGACAAAAUUCAAGAAUACAAAAGGUCGGCUCAAUGGUUUGAGACCAAUUCUAAAACUCUUCAGUCUUGGCAAGAGUUAUUAAGAGAGGCAAGACGCAACAGGAUCACUCCUAGAAUCCUUGACACUUUGUGUAGCUUCUCUGCUGAAUUGGAAAGAAACUUUGAAGGAAAUGGUCUCAGUAUUGAGGCUUACUACUGUGGAGAUUUCGUUUCUGAGGAUUUGGAUUACAAGGUUCUGACCAACGACGACUUGAUAGAGCUGGUCGAGAACUUUAGAAACGAGGUUGAGUUUCAUGGCUUGGAAGCCAGAUACUUCUACUGUGAGUAUAAGGAAUCUCAAACACAACUAUUAUGA